GCACUUCCGGCGCGGAGGGGGUGGGGAGUGUUGUUAACUGGUGGAGCCGCCACCGCCCCCGUCACGGUCCCCGUCAGCGCUUCCCCGCCGCUGCCCGUCUUCUCGCAGCCGCCGCCGCCGCGGGACCAGCGGGCUCGGGAGCCCCGAGCUCCCCGGUCUCCCGGCCGGGGCCAUGUUCCGCACCGCCGUGAUGAUGGCCGCCAGCCUGGCGCUGACCGGGGCCGUGGUGGCCCACGCCUACUACCUCAAGCACCAGUUCUACCCCACCGUGGUGUACCUGACCAAGUCCAGCCCCAGCAUGGCCGUCCUGUACAUCCAGGCCUUCGUGCUCGUCUUUCUGCUGGGCAAGGUGAUGGGCAAGGUGUUCUUCGGCCAGCUGAGAGCUGCCGAGAUGGAGCACCUCCUGGAGCGCUCCUGGUACGCAGUGACGGAGACCUGCCUGGCCUUCACGGUCUUUCGGGAUGACUUCAGCCCUCGGUUCGUGGCGCUCUUCACCCUCCUCCUCUUCCUCAAGUGUUUCCACUGGCUGGCUGAGGAUCGAGUUGACUUUAUGGAACGGAGCCCCAACAUCUCCUGGCUCUUUCACUGCCGAAUUGUCUCCCUCAUGCUCCUCCUGGGUGCCCUGGACUUCCUCUUUGUCAAUCAUGCCUAUCACAGCAUCCUGACCCGGGGGGCCUCCGUACAGCUGGUCUUUGGCUUUGAGUACGCCAUCCUGAUGACCAUGGUUCUCACCAUCUUCAUCAAAUACGUUCUGCACUCGAUCGAUCUCCAGAACGAGAACCCCUGGGACAACAAGGCCGUCUACAUGCUUUACACAGAAUUGUUCACAGGCUUCAUCAAAGUUCUGCUUUACAUGGCCUUCAUGACAAUCAUGAUCAAGGUGCACACAUUCCCACUCUUUGCCAUCCGGCCCAUGUACCUGGCUAUGAGGCAAUUUAAGAAGGCGGUGACUGACGCCAUCAUGUCUCGCCGGGCCAUCCGAAACAUGAACACACUGUACCCGGAUGCCACGGCCGAGGAGCUUCAGGCCAUGGACAAUGUCUGCAUCAUCUGCAGGGAGGAGAUGGUAACUGGCGCCAAGCGGCUUCCCUGCAACCAUAUCUUCCACACCAGCUGCCUGCGCUCCUGGUUCCAGCGGCAACAGACCUGCCCCACCUGCCGAAUGGAUGUCCUGCGGGCCUCACUUCCCGUCCAGUCCCCAGCUGCCCCGGAGCCUGCUGAGCAAGGCCCCCCACCUGCCCCCCACCAGCCCCCCAUCCUUCCCCAGCCCCCCAACUUUCCCCAAGGCCUCCUGCCUCCAUUUCCUCCAGGGAUGUUCCCCCUGUGGCCUCCCAUGGGCCCCUUUCCCCCCAUGCCGCCCCCCAGCAAUGCAGAUGUCCCACCUGCCUCACCUUCCACCUCGGCCAAUGCCUCUCGGCCCACUGGCUCUGUCCCAGAGCCCCCGGCAGCUCCUGGCUUUCCCUUCCCUCCUCCCUGGAUGGGCAUGCCCCUGCCUCCACCGUUUGGGUUCCCCCCCAUGCCAGUGCCCCCAGCAGGCUUUGCAGGCCUGACCACUGAGGAGCUGCAGGCCCUGGAGGGCCAUGAGCGACAGCAUCUGGAAGCAAGGCUACAAAGCCUUCGAAAUAUCCACACCCUGCUGGAUGCUGCCAUGCUGCAGAUCAACCAGUAUCUCACUGUGCUGGCCUCCCUGGGCCCUCCCCGACCUCCUGCCCCUGCCAGUCCCCCUGAAUCGUCUACACCUGCUGCGGCAGCCUCCUCUUCCACCAGCAUCCCCAGUUCGGAGGCAACGCCCCCCUCACCAGGAGCCUCCCCACUUCCUCCUGAGCCGGUGCAGCAGCAGCCAGGUCCAUCUGCUGAGACUGUUGGGGCCGAGGACCUGCCGGAAGAUGCAGAGCCUGACGCGGUGGAGCUGCGCCGCCGCCGCUUGCAGAAACUGGGAUCCCCUGCUUCUCAUUGACGCUGCCCAACCUCAUUCUACUCCCCAACCUUGUGUUUUGACUGUGGUGCCCUUGUGCGUGGGUGAGAAGUGGAUCCCACCGCCAAGUGCCGUCUCCUCUCUCACCAGGCUUUGGAAAAGAAUGGGAGGUUCUGACCCCAACUCAUGCCACUUGGGAGCUCUUGUAUCCAAGUCACAUGGCUUGGCCUGUUUCCUUGCCCACUGGAGUGGGCUGGAGGCCUGGUGGCUCAGCCUCCUUCCUGACCCUUCACCCACCCCGCUGCAGCCUCCCUUAACUCCAGGUAGAGUUGGAGCUGUCAAGGUCGUUGAGAACCCACUUUCCUGCCCUAUUUAUUGCUCCUCCAUUUGGGGGGCCUGGGAGAAGAGUGGACACUGAAGACAUACUCCCUGAGGAGCUGGAAAGGCCAGCUCGAGGUAGAGGGAGUAUUCCCUGUUCCCAACAGUAUUAGCUCUAGCUCCCAGGGGCUCGAGGUGAGCAGGCCUUCAAUUGGCCCCACCUCCAACAGUCUCUUUAUAGAAUCAGUAGUGCCCCAUCGUCCUCCCGUCCAUGUCUUACAGGUGACCACGUCUCAGGAAAGUGAGUGCCAGGCUAGGCUGGUUGUAGCCUGCACCUGUGGGCUCCCCUCCCCUCCCCAAGCUGACUGGACGGGAUGUUGGAAGCACCUGGUUCCAGUCUGGUGUGAUGAGGCUGAGCCUGUCUGUGGCCAAAAGGUCGUUUUUCUUAUCCCCAGGCUGGGACAGAACAAGGCCAGCCUCUAAACCAAACACAAUCGCAUGCAGGGAAGCAUCCCCUGCUUUCUGAAAUUUCUUGAUUGGGGUGGGGGGAGGGAAUUUCUUGUUUCUGUCUUUUGGUUAAAACCCAACCCCAAAGCUUGUUUCAGAUGUAAACAGCACCCAUCCCAGCAGGGAGGGGAGGGAAAAUUGCUCAUGGUGUCUCCAGGUUAGGCAUGGUUCUGCAGUGGGGAAGGGGGUAAAGCCAGGACUAGGCCUCACCUCAUCCACACUCCCCUUUCCUUUGUUCCCCUUUGUUUUUGUGUGUUACAAAAGUUGCUGGAGACAGUUUCAGAUUAUUUAAUUUGUAAAUAUUGUACAAAUUUUAAUAGCUUCAAUUGUAUAUACGGCCGAAAUAAAAAACUUGCAUUAAAGUUGGUGCCAGGUUGUGACGUGGUACCCCUCCCCCUGGGCA